AAAAAAAAGUCUCAAAUCCAGCCCCAGGAUCUAAAUAUGGAACUGGCUAACCAUGGUCUUAUCCUGCUACAGCAGCUCAAUGCUCAACGGGAAUUUGGCUUCCUGUGUGACUGCACAGUGGCUAUAGGUGAUGUCUAUUUCAAGGCACAUAAAGCAGUCCUAGCUUCUUUUUCCAAUUACUUCAAAAUGCUUUUUAUUCAUCAGACCAGCGACUGUGUCCGUCUGAAACCAACAGAUAUUCAACCAGAUAUCUUUAGCUACCUCCUGCAUUUAAUGUACACUGGGAAGAUGGCUCCGCAGAUCAUUGAUCCUGUUCGUCUUGAACAAGGAAUUAAGUUUCUGCAUGCUUAUCCGCUAGUUCAAGAAGCCAGCCUUGCCAGCCAUGGAGCCGUUCCUCGUCCUGAUCAAGUGUUUGCAUGGACAUCGUCACUGUAUGGCAUUCAGAUUGCAGAUAAUCAAAUUUCGCCUCAUGGCAGAUUGUCUGCAACUGGAGAAAAGUCUGUGCGAGAAUCCAGGUCUCAAACACACUCAUCACGGAUGGAUCAGGAUCGCGUUUCAGAAGGGAGUCAACAGCAUCCCCAGGGCACACCUAUUAUCCAACCAUCUCAGCAUAUUGGGCAGUCAUCUUUGACAUCCUCAGGCACACUGCAAGCACAAAUCCCUCCACUUGGUUCACAAUCUGUGGAGGAACGAUGUGAAAAUAUUCCUCCUCUAGAUGGGCAGCCUGAAAUUCAUGCAGUAGCUCACGUUAAGCCUAGCAUAAUGAAGAAGAAUAGUGGUUUUCCAAAGUUUUAUGUCUGCCAUCUAUGUGGUCGUCGUUUCACGCUUCGAAGCAGCCUGCGUGAACAUUUGCAGCUUCACACAGGGAUGUCACUUCCUGUUAGCAAUCAACCAGGAUUAAAUAUGUCUAAUCUGCUGGGCCAAUCUGAGUCUAUUGAACCCAGUAAAGAUCCUGAGGAAAUAAUACCUGAAGCAGAAGUAAUCAGUGACAGUGAGCUGCCACAGAAAAAUGAUUCACCAAUGACGGAUGGACAGCAGCAGGCAGAAACACCACCACCAUCAGACAUUGCGGAUAUUGAUAACCUAGAGCUAGGAGAUCAAGAUAGGGAGGUAAAAAGACGAAAGUAUGAGUGCUCCAUCUGUGGCCGUAAGUUCAUACAGAAAAGCCACUGGCGAGAACAUAUGUAUAUUCACACAGGCAAACCAUAUAAGUGCAGUACUUGUGAUAAAACAUUCUGUAGGGCCAACCAGGCUGCUAGGCAUGUGUGCCUUAACCAGAACUCUGAUACCUUUAUGAUGGUGGAUAAUAAGCAAACCGUGAUUGGGGAAGGGUCUUCAGAAGAAAAUAACCAGUCAUUAAUGGAUCCUAUGUACCUUCCAACAAAUCAAUCGUACAAGUGCAAUCUGUGUGAUAAAAGCUUCUCUAGUGCUAGCGAAGCUGUUAGGCAUUCAUGUCAAAACCAGAACUCGGAUACAUUUGUGUUGAUGGAAACUCAGUCAGCAGUUCGAGGGGAGGGUUCAUCAGAGGCUUGUGAAGUGACAGAAACUAACCAGUCACUGAAGCUGGAGACCAUGUCAAAUGAGGAGGAUGUUCAGGCAGUUCUAGUAGAUUAAAAACUAUGCCCAUUUACUUACUUAUCAGUGUGUUUCUUAUAAUAUACAAGAUUAAUAGUUGCUAGAUACAACCGGAUGUUUAUUUUCAAAGUCCAUUCUAGGCUUUCUUUUUGAUAAAAAUGUAUAAUAAUUUGUUACUUGAGGAUUUUGUUACUUUAAGAUAAAAAUUAAGUCAGUGUUUGCAUCAGAAUUUGGAUUACGUAGCCCCUGUCAAUCAUGAACUGCUUUGGGACCACAUUAGUAGUGUUCAUCUAGUUACUAAAGGAAACCAAAGUAUGUUGGUCUGCGUUUCUUGCAAUAGUGUCCUCUUAUGAGUAAAUCUCCCUUUGAAAGUGACUGGAACGGGAAAUUACAUCAUGGUGUCCUGGAUUCAUAGGUGUUACAACAUCAUUGUAUGCAUAUGCCCGUUGAGGUUUUUAUCCUUCCAGCCUUUCUCAAAGUGACUGCUGAGUCAAAGAAACAAAUUCCAAUAGAGUUACAUGAGGCAUAUAUUCAAACCAAACGGGACCGGUGUACCCCCAUUUGAAUUAAGCAUCAGUGACUGACAGUUUCAAGGGUUACUGUGCAGCUACUGAUUUUCUAGAAUUAAGUGAAAAUUUAUUUUAAUCUGAGGUGAAGAAACAAGAUGCAAGAACUGUUGAUAAAUGUUAUGCUUCAUAGAUUACAGUAUCAAACUAUCACUGAGUAGGCCACAAUGUUGCAAGAAUACUGUACCACCAGUGGCUAAUUGUAAAAUGUACAGGUAGACCGUGAUUAUUGUUGAACCAAUAAUGAAAUCCACAUUGAAGACUUAAUCCAGGGUAUAAUCAUUUACAACAUUAUCUCCCAAAAGAUUAAUUCAGGCAAUGGUUUUUAAAAAAAAUGAGUGAACCUGGGACCAGGUGUUAUGCCAAAAAAAAUUACAAUUCUUGUGUCAACCAGGAUUCCCUUUUAUGAGUGUGUCAUAUACAUGAAAAAUAUUUCACAGGUAGAAUGUUUGAUAUGGUGUUAAAUACAAUUUGCUCGCAUAAGGAAAUGCAAAUGCUUUCUUCAUUUUCAAGAAACAUCUUCCAAUGUGAUAGAGCAAAGAUGUGCCGUUGUUUGGUGCUCCACACUGUUAGCCUCUUCACUUGUAUAAUCUUGUUUUAAAUUUGUUCAGUGUAAAUCUAAAUAUCACUUUUACCUCACUUAUUUACAAUUUGCUCUUUGACAUGUCCAUGUAAUCUGCUUUCAGGAGAAGAAAAGAAACUUAAGAACAUCUAUGCAUGCUGACUUCAAAUUAGUAGCAUUAGUAAUGUUAGCUUGUUUUACCGAAAUAGUAGAUACAUUAUUUAUUCUGUGAUGUAUGUCUAAACAUUUGUAGCGUUUUUAAUAAAUGUUGAAUUUUUUAAGCUAAAACAACCAUCAACAAAAAAAACUUUCCUUUUAUUAUAUUGCGGAUUAACUUGAUGUACCAUAGACUAGUAAAUUGCAAAUAUUAACAUUGCUGUCUGAAGGAAAAGGGUUGUAUGCUGGGAAAAGAAUAUGUCAAAUUUGGUCCAGGAUUCAAUAUAUUUUACUUACAAAGUAAGUGUGCACACAUACCAAAAAUAGUAAAACUCAUACUGUAAAUGUAUCGGCAAUUUAUUAGCUUUGUCCAUUAGGUAAUGUGUGCAAAAGAGUAAUCUAGGUUGUAUGGAACAGAAGUGACAGUUUUUCGUAUCAUGUCAUGUUGAAGUUGAGGAAGCUUUAUCAGAAAUAUGCUCUUGACUCUUUAACUAUCUCAGUUACCCAUUUUUAUUUGCAGUAUUGUACAUUAACUUCAGUACAAUAACAUUAGUUAAACUAGAUAGUAUCAAUAGUAUUGCAAUGCCCUUAUGUUAGACAUUCACUUAAAACAUCAUCUGAAGUACAUUUUAUAAGCCGCAAUAGUAAGCAUUAAAAUGCCAGGAAAAAGGGUCUCAUUUGAAAUUGGUUAUAAAGAGUUACACAAGGCUGAUGUAUUCAGAAUCGUUACUUGUAAAUGCUGUUGUGUUGCAAGAUAUGUAAAAUCCCAUAGUAUAAUGUUUCUUUUUACUGUUUAUUAAUUGUAGCUUUUGCCUCUACAGUUAUUAACACACUCUCAGCUGAGUAAACCAUCAGUGCUGAGAUGUACUUAGUUGUUACUUCCAAACUUAAACUCCUAAAACAUACAAUGAGGAUAGUUGAGAAAAUUAAUGUUUAUAACUUACUCUGUAUUAUUGUAAAUGAUAGGCUUACUACAGUAGGGUUGGUAUUUAAAAGUAAAACAAAUUACAACUGCCUUAAAAUAUUUAAUAAAGCAUAAACAUGAUAUUCGGUGUCAAACCCAUUUUCUUUUUUGCAUUAACUAAAGUUUUUAAAUAAAGUGUGAAUUUAAAAACUGAAUUUUAUGGGACAUGUUUCAAGGGAAAGAAGUAAUGUAUUUCAGAUUUGUAUUGCCCCAAAUGAGGAAAGUACAUUCCUUCACUUAUGUGAACAAGAAUCGAUAGACUAGAGCUUGAUGUUUUGACCAAAACAAAAUAAAAGCUAGCCAUAGAUGUUUAAUUGGGAGGGGGCUGUGGAGGGGGUGGGAGGAGGAGGAGAGGAAAAUGCAGGCGUACGAUUUUCUUUUGGUAUGAAAUGGCUCUUUUAAGAUGAUCAUGAUUUAAAAUAUUCAGAAUAGUGGUUGGACUUUACUUGAAUUUCAAACUGCAAAGGGUAAGAGCAUUGUUUUCUGUGACAUCACCUGCAUUAGCACUCCUUACAAGCAGCAUCGAGAUUUGAAAUGCAUCAUUCAGUGUUGCCUUUUUUUGUAAUGAUUUUUUUUUAAAAAAAGUUGCUAUCCAGUUCAUUGGUUUAGGUUGGGAUUUGUUUGACGAAGCACAUAUAUAGUUUUCAUCCCCCCUGUACAGCAAUAAACUACAGAUUAAUUUUUUUAAAAAGACUUGUACAUGCAUGCUUUGUCAAUUGGCCCAUAAGACUGAGCUUCAGCCUUACUCUUACGUCAUUUAGUAUUUCUAUUUAGUCCUUUAUCUAACCUGAAUAUACACUGCACCUGUAUUUCAGUUCUGAUUCCAUGCAACAACUUCACUGUUAAAUCAAAAAUCUUGUUAGUUAAUAUUUGUACAAUGUGUAAUAUAAUGCUGCCGAUACCAAAGACUUGAAUAAAACGAGCUUGGUAGGAACUGGAAA